AUGACGCACCGACCUCGUUCACGCUCGCCUGCCCGACCCCCACCGACUAUCAAUGUGGCCGGGCUCACUCAUGGAAGUUUCUUCGGGGCAGAUUCUACACGUAUGAUGAGUUCUCGUCGACCUUCUCACGGCCCCACGCUGACCCAACGCUCUGUCAUCAUUAUUGUGGAUUUUCGGGCGCUUGCCCCAGCCUCUCAAGCCAAUCCAUACUAUGUCAAUAUGAACUUACAUCUCUAUGAGCACUUGACCGAAACCGAGGCCCGGGCCUUGUAUCAGCAUAUGAGAUACAUCCCUGCCACCGUCCUCCAUGAAUAUCGUUUCCAUCGAAUUCUUGAAGAGGUCAGCCGAAAGAUUCAACGCCAGUGGCAAGUACGAUUCCCGGCUUCUGAUCCUGAACUUCACGUUCCGCAGGACCCUGGCAAUUCGAAUGGCCCCGCUUUUUUCCUUGAUCCGGACCUGUACAUCGUCUCCUUCUUGAAUGAGGAACGACCUGGUUGGCUUCAACGACAACCUGAUGGAAGCUUCCCCAGCAAUCAUAUCUCUCCGUCUACUUCCUUUGUCCUCCGCCUCAAGUGCCAGAAGAAGACUCGAAUCCUUGCGCUCCCCGACCAUGAGCAGUCAUAA